AUGCAGGCCACGUCGUCGGCGGUGCCGAUUCUGAUCCCGGCGCCGACGAGCUCUGCCGAUCUGCUUGGGCUGCAGCGGAAUGAUUAUGGUACCAUGGACCUAACCGGUACCCUAACCACCAACGGCAUGGACUACGCAACGCACGGCUUUCUCCCCUACUUUGACCAAAGCCAAAUCGCGCUCCAGAUGUCGAUCCCAAAGUCGGAGAACGAGCUGGCGAUGCACUCAGGGCUUUCCGUCUACCCCUCCGCCACGCUGCUAUCGACGGCUAGUUUUGAGGAGAUGAAGCCGGCGCCGAGCACGUCGACAAGGACUUCAGUGAUCGAACCAACCGCUCUGAUGGCCUCAUCAUCGUAUGAAGCCAAACCGGAAACCCUCCUCCUCCAGCCUGGAACGAAUUUCCUGGCAACUGGAAUCCCUGACCUCGGAGGCCUCACCCAAGCCCAAGCGAUUCCGGAUCUGAAUUCCCAGUUUGGGAAUCAAUUCUACACCUACGAGAACCAGCUGAUCGACCCAAAUCAAUACAUGGCCGCGCAGGCACAGUUUCAAUUACGAAUCGACAACCCUUACGCCACGACUUACGUCCUCCCGGGCGCCGGGAUGCAAGCCCAAUACGCGAAUUCGGAGUGCCUGUCUUGUGGCAGCACUUUUUACCCAAAUGGCAAUACGGUUUGCGACAGCUGCGCGGCCCACCACCAAGCACCGGUUACGCAAUACGUCGACCCAUCCCAUCUCCAUCAACCCGUCCCCACCUCCCAGCCGUCCUCUUCGAAGUCGGCGUCUCGGGCGCAGAAGCAGAAGCCGGCGGUUCGUACGUCAUCAUCAAGACGUCAGGGGCUGGUUUGCUCGAAUUGCAAUGGGACCAACACGACGUUGUGGCGGAGAAACGCGGAGGGGGAACCGGUGUGCAACGCCUGCGGCCUCUACUACAAACUCCACAACAUCCACCGGCCAAUAUCGAUGAAAAAGGAGGGCACCUUACAGACGAGAAAGAGGAAGCCAAAGAGUUCGGAGACGAGCUCUGGCGGCAAGAAACGGUCGUCAAACCAUAGCGGGACCGAUCGAAAUACUUAUGCUCAAUCCGCGGUUCAAGGGCUGGAUAGCUCAGAUUCAAUGUUUGAACUCCGGGGCGCUACUACGUAUAGUACGCAGGCUUACUUACCUCCGAUGGACCCAGAUCACUCCUUCCAGUGGCAGAGCACGAUUUUAACUGAUUCCGGAACUGCCGGCGUCUACCCGAGCUCGGCUUUCAGCGAAUAUGAGAUGGCGAUGAAGGCUGAACAAUUGCCUAACCCCACCGAAGAGGAAGAAGCCCGCGCGGCCGCCGACGGGAUUCAAGAUGAAAAAGAAGAAGCCGAGGCCCAA